AUGCGCGUCUCCAGCUGGCUCAAGUUUACCGUGCUCGCGGCCCUCGGCCCACAGGCGCUGGCCGAAGUCCUCGCCGACCACGGUGCUGAUACGGCAAGUCUCGUGGCUCGCGACCACCCCUAUGACUUGGGUGAACCCCACCCUCAGCCUGGCGACACGGUCAGCUACCCUCCGAGAAUCCCUCCAGCGGGUACACACAACAGCCCGAGCUACGCAACCAAUGGGGCUUCUCACAAAAGUAAUCACCACAAACGAGGCGACAAGGGAGAGCAACAUUACGCCACGGAUAACAACUAUGAUGAUCAUGGAAGAAACCUGAAGUGGGGAGAAGGAAGGAAGCUACCUCAGAACCAAUGGUCCAACCCCUUCAUGCCCCAUACGGCUAGAAAAGAGGAAAUUGAGAAGAAGAAAGAAGAUCACCCACAGAAAUCCAAAGAAGUCCAUACAUGUGAGGCGUGCCCACAGGCCUCCCUGCACACGCGUAGAAGCGUCCAGUCGGAAUCGGCCCCGCAGGGCCACAUCGCCGCCCGCGCCGACGACGACACCCGUUCGGGCAAGCUGGGCGUCGACGAGCAUGGUAAUCCCAUUUAUAAAGGCCGCCACGGGCGUAGCACUAGGAUUGUGGCCCGCGCCGACGACGAUGCCCAUUGGGGAAAGCAGGGCGUCGACGAGCAUGGUAAUCCCAUUCGUAAAAAUCGCCACGGGCGUCCCACUAGGAUUAUGGCCCGCGCCGACGACCCCCAUUCGGGCAAGCUGGGCGUCGACGAGCAUGGUAAUCCCAUCCGUAAAAGUCGCCAUGGGCGUCCCACUAGGAUUGUGGCCCGCGCCGACGACCCUCAUUCGGGCAAGCUGGGCGUCGACGAGCAUGGUAAUCCCAUCCGUAAAAGUCGCCAUGGGCAUCCCACUAGGAUUGUGGCCCGCGCCGACGACGAUGCCCAUUGGGGAAAGCAGGGCGUCGACGAGCAUGGUAAUCCUAUUAACAAAAACGGCAGAGGGCAGCGCUCGCACCGCAACAGAAAGGUCCUAUCCCGCCGCAGGCAACCGACUAGCAACAUUCCUGAAGACCUUCAGCCCAUGCCGCCCACGUCGCCCAAGUCGCCCAAGUCGCCCAAUUCCUCCAGGAAAACCAAGACUCAGACCAGCACCGGCACAGGGGAGGCAGCCCCUCUGCCCCGCGACAAUCAGGUGUACAACGAUGACGGCUCUUUCAACAAAUACUCUGCCCGUCGGGACCUCGAGGCACGCAACGAGCCCAAGUACCAUGACACUCACGCGGACCCCUCCUUCAGGGACAAGGGCGUGCACAUGGACGACGUGUCUAUUGCUCCCCAUGGUCGACGGCCAACGGGCAAGGGAAAGGCAUGCAGGGCCAAGCCUCACAGGGCCUAA